UCUCUCCGGCUCCACUUCCUUCUUCAUCUCCCUCUCACAACACACCACACCACAACCAACGACAACGUGGAACGCGUGUUCACACACUGCGAAAACCUACGCAGAGAAACCACCACCACCAUAAGCAAUGAAGACGCUGUUUCCCAAUUUCUUCACUCUCACCAUUCUGCUCCUGGCGCUGCUUUCAGCUCGCGUCAACGCAGUCAAUGACAGUGAACACAAACUCACUGAAUCGAGGGAUGUGGUUGAAGACGAGAUGUUGCGAGUGGAGAGCUUGAAGAAUUCGUCAAUGGCAGAAAGGUCAAGGGGUGCUUUGAAUGAGCAUGCAGUUGAUAAUCCAGAGGAGAUUGCUUCUAUGGUUGAUGAGAGCAUACGCAAUCACACGGCGAGAAGGAAUCUAAACUUCUUCUCAUGCGGAACCGGGAACCCAAUCGACGACUGCUGGCGGUGCGACAAGCGGUGGUACCUCCGGCGAAAGCGGCUAGCGAACUGCGGCAUCGGGUUCGGGCGCAACGCCAUCGGCGGCCGCGACGGACGCUACUACGUGGUAACCGACCCGAGCGACGACGACGCGGUUAACCCGAAACCGGGGACGCUCCGGCACGCGGUGAUCCAAGACAGGCCCCUGUGGAUCGUGUUCAAGCGCGACAUGGUGAUCACGCUGAAGCAGGAGCUGAUUAUGAACAGCUUCAAGACGAUCGACGGGCGCGGCGUCAACGUCCACAUCGCCUACGGCGCCUGCAUCACCGUCCAGUUCAUUACGAACGUCAUCAUCCACGGCCUCCACAUCCACGACUGCAAGCCCACCGGAAACGCCAUGGUCCGCAGCUCCCCCUCCCACUACGGCUGGAGGACCAUCGCCGACGGCGACGGCAUCUCCAUCUUCGGCUCCAGCCACAUUUGGAUCGACCAUAACUCUCUCUCCAGCUGCGCUGAUGGCCUCAUCGAUGCCGUUAUGGGCUCCACUGCUAUUACCAUUUCCAACAACUACUUCACCCACCACAACGAGGUUAUGUUGCUGGGUCACAGUGACUCUUACGUCCGCGACAAGCAGAUGCAGGUCACCAUUGCUUACAAUCAUUUUGGGGAGGGUCUUAUCCAAAGAAUGCCAAGGUGCAGACAUGGGUAUUUCCACGUGGUUAACAACGACUACACCCACUGGGUGAUGUAUGCAAUUGGCGGCAGUGCUAACCCCACAAUUAACAGCCAGGGCAACAGAUACCUUGCUCCUCAGAACCCUUUUGCUAAAGAGGUGACAAAGAGAGUGGACACAGGGUCAUCCAUAUGGAAAAGUUGGAAUUGGAGGUCAGAGGGAGACCUUUUGCUCAAUGGAGCCUUUUUCACUUCCUCAGGAGCAGGAGCUGCAGCAAGCUAUGCUAGAGCCUCCAGUUUGGGGGCCAAAUCCUCUUCUUUGGUUGGUACCCUCACCUCUGGAGCUGGUGUUCUUGCAUGUCGCAGGGGUUUCACGUGUUAAUAUCCAACACUCACAGGAAAACCAAAUUGAAACACCCUAAGAAUACAUCAAAAUGAGGCAGAGAAAAAGCAUAAAGGAAAGGAAGAAAGAAAAGUUUUCAUUCUUUUUCCUCUUAUUAUUGCGUUCUUAUAAUUGUACUGGAUAUUGAUCAUUGAGUUUGCGCAUGCACCCACUCUGGUCACACCCGUUGUUUGUCUUCUCACUAGUUAGAUGUCGGGGGGACACUGUACAUUUUAUGUUUCUCAACUGUUAUCAAAUUGAUAACAAUCAUUGCUAGCUUAAAAGCCAUUUCCCACUUUCAGAAUCGUUCACUUGUGCCAGAGGUUUCCCCGUAAUUUUCCAAGGGAA